AUGGCGUCUACCGAUAUUGUGACUAGGGAGCUCAAGAAUCCCGUGGAUGUCGCCGAGUACUUGUUUCGGCGUCUUCAUGAGAUCGGAAUUCGCUCGUUGCAUGGUGUCCCCGGUGACUACAACCUGGUCGCAUUGGAUUACCUGUCCAAGGCUGGUCUCAAAUGGGUUGGAAACUGCAAUGAACUCAAUGCCGGAUACGCGGCCGAUGGCUAUGCGCGCGUGAAAGGUAUCAGCGCCCUGGUCACGACGUUCGGCGUCGGUGAGCUGUCCGCUCUCAACGCUAUCGCAGGCGCAUACUCCGAAUUUGUUCCAGUCAUCCAUAUCGUUGGCCAACCCACCACAAAGUCGCAGAAGGAUGGAAUGUUACUGCAUCAUACUCUUGGAAACGGUGACUUUAAUGUCUUCAAUAAAAUGAGCGAAGGCGUCUCUUGCUAUGUCGCACGCCUGAACAACUCCCAGGAUGCAGCAACACUCAUCGACAGUGCGAUUCGCGAAUGCUGGAUCCGCAGCCGUCCUGUUUACAUCACUCUUCCCACUGAUAUUGUCGGUGCAAAGGUUGACGGUGAUCGCCUGAAGACACCUAUUGACCUUUCACUGCCUAAGAAUGACCCGGAGAAGGAGGAUUACGUGGUCAACGUUGUCCUGAAGUAUCUUCAUAGUGCAAAGAAUCCCGUCAUUGUGGUUGAUGCCUGUGCUAUUCGCCACCGCGUUCUAGAGGAAGUGCGCGAUUUGGUGGAGAAGUCUGGCAUGCCAACCUUCGUGACUCCAAUGGGCAAGGGUGCCGUUAAUGAGACCCACAAGAAUUUCGGUGGUGUUUAUGCUGGCAAUGGUUCUAACCCUGGAGUCAGCGAUGCAGUAGAGUCAUCCGACCUGAUUCUGAGCAUUGGAGCGAUCAAGUCCGAUUUUAACACCACCGGAUUCACUUACCGCAUCGGACAACUGAAUACCAUUGACUUCCACAGCACCUUUGUCCGAGUGCGGUACUCGGAAUAUCCCGACAUCAACAUGAAGGGUGUUUUGCGAAAGGUCAUCCAGAAGAUGAACCCUCUGUCUCCUGCUCCGGCUCCUGCACUCACGAACAUACUGCCCGAGAGCGAGAAAACGUCGAACGAUCAGAUUAUCACCCACAAAUGGCUGUGGCCGAUCGUGGGACAGUGGCUCAAAGAGAAAGACAUUGUUUUGACGGAGACUGGCACUGCCAACUUUGGUAUUUGGGAUACCCGCUUCCCUGCGCAUGUUACUGCCAUAAGCCAAGUCCUUUGGGGCAGUAUUGGCUAUUCUAUGGGAGCCUGCCAGGGGGCUGCUCUCGCCGCAAAGGAGGAGGGAGGCCGCCGAACUAUUCUCUUCAUCGGCGAUGGGAGUAUGCAGCUGACGGUGCAGGAACUAAGCACAAUCCUCAGAAACAAGUUGAAUCCUAUUGUCUUUGUCAUCUGCAACGAAGGCUACACCAUCGAGCGAUACAUCCACGGAUGGGAUGCAGGAUACAAUGACAUCCAGCCUUGGGAAUUCGCCGACAUUCCCAAGGCCUUCGGUGGGAAAGAAAACUACCAGGGCUACCGAAUCAAGACCCGUGAUGAACUCAAGAAGCUGUUCGCCGAUAAUGACUUUAACGUGUCUGACAAGCUUCGGCUGGUCGAGCUGUACAUGCCUCGCGAGGAUGCCCCUGCCGGCUUGAAGUUGACUGCCGAGGCCGCUGCGAACCGUAACAAGUAA